GCUGUUUCAUAAUAGUUGGUAGCGCAGCUUAGUUACGACCAGGGGAGAAACUACAAUGAGCGCAGAGACAAAUAAAGACACGUCGACCUUGACCUUCAACCCGACAAUGUACUUCAGCGACGCAGAACAAGACCGGGCCGCUCAAGAAUAUUUGAGUAACAUGAACCGCCUUCUCGAAACAAAAAAUCUGUCCAUUACAGAUGAGAAAAACAGAGUCAGCUUCUGCAUGGAUCACUUACGGGGUUGGGCGAAGGAGAAGGCCGACUUGGACGGGGAAAAAGGGCUACUCAACACAAUGGAAGAAUAUACGUUGUGGUGCAAGCACAAUUUCUUUAGUACGACAUGGGUACCCCAACGCUCUAUGUAUGACCGUCUUU